CAGAGAUUUAGGUUUUGGGAAUCUGGUUAGGGCGGAUUAUGAACGCUUUUGGACACCAACCAUCUAACCAGCAGACCAGCCCUAUUCAGCACCACAGCGCUCAGGAGCUCCUGGACAUGGCCGUGUACUGCGACAACUACGGUGUGUACCAACAGAACCUCCACCACCAUCACCCCCAGAGGCCCCCGACGCACCCCUCAAGCUACGGCCUCGGAGAGUACACCUCACCGUCCACGAACCCGUACCUAUGGCUGAACGGACCCAGCAUCAACUCCUCUCCUUAUCUUCCCGGGAACAACGGCACGUCCUAUAUUCAGUCCGGAUACGGGUCGAACCAGAGGCAGUUCUUGCCGCCUCCCACCGGGUUUGGUGGAGCGGACCUGGGGUGGCUGUCCAUAUCCAGCCAGCAGGAACUCUUCAAGAUGGUCAGACCACCGUACUCCUACUCAGCACUGAUAGCGAUGGCCAUUCAGAACGCCCAAGACAAAAAAUUGACUCUCAGUCAGAUCUAUCAGUAUGUAGCUGACAACUUCCCUUUCUACAAGAAGAGCAAAGCUGGAUGGCAGAAUUCCAUCCGCCACAACUUGUCACUGAACGACUGUUUCAAAAAAGUGGCCCGGGACGAGGAUGACCCCGGUAAAGGAAACUACUGGACGCUGGACCCCAACUGUGAGAAGAUGUUCGACAACGGGAACUUCAGGCGGAAGAGGAAAAGGAGAGCGGACAUAAACGGAGCCGACAGCAACGCUCUCCCCGUUAAGUCGGAAGACGGCGCGCACAAGCUGUCCGACACCGCCAGCCUCCUGAGCUCCUCCCCGCCAAGCCUGCACGGAUCCCCGGCCUCCUCCACGGAGCCCAAGUCGUCCCCGUCUCCGUCCGCGGAGCACAGCCCGUGUUUCAGCAGCUUCGUGUCCAGCGUCAACUCGCUGCUGGCGGGCAGCAGCAGCGAGGGCUCCCGGGGCGUGGAGCGGGACUACGGCUCAGGGCAUCUCGGGGGACUGUCUCAGACCAGAGAGGGCAUGUCAGGACUGGGCUCCUACUCGCCCACUUUAAUCUCUCCUCUGAACUCUGACAACAACAGAAUGAACUAUUACACCUCAGUACAGAGCCUCUCCAACCAUUUUAGUGUUAAUAACCUCAUAUACAACAGGGAAGGAACAGAGGUGUAGACUGUCUUGCUUGAUUAAAAAAGUAAUUUAUCUCUCAUUAGCCUUCACAUUUCUUUAUAGUAGCCUACUGUUAUUACUUAUUACUCAUGUUCUGGUUUAGUAGGCCUCAUUGUAAAACUAGCACUGGAACUGAACUGGUAUUUUUUUUCCAUAAUAACCUUUCCUAACUGGGAAACACUAUUUCGUUGUAUUAGAAAGGAAUACUCAUGGUUCAUAAACGGCCACUGGUUAAAAAACUGGAAAAAAUACUUAUUGUAGCUGCUGGGUUGGGCCGACUCCCUGUCCCUGAAGACAAAGUGUACAUAAAUUAUUUUCAUAAGAAGAUA